AUGGUCAUCCGUCCAAGCCACCUUGGAGUAAUGUCCAACACAAAGAUGCAUACACCUGUUGGAAGAGGAUGUAAAGAAGACUGGUUUUCAAAAACUACAACCAUGUAUUGCAGACGGAGAGUUCCUGCUCGUGUUCCUCUCCUCCAUACCUUCCUGCUCCUCUUCUCCCUGGUUACCCCCACAGUCUCCAUCCAUAUGGAGUCCAUAGAGAGCCACAGUGAAUUUAGCUGUGAGCCCAUCAGACUGAGAAUGUGCCAGGAUCUGCCUUACAACACCACCUUUAUGCCCAAUCUACUGAACCACUAUGACCAGCAAACUGCUGCACUCGCCAUGGAGGUAGGUUGAAUUUUGUGUUGUGCAUUCAUUUCUGUGUUUGUUUAGUGUGUGUGUGUGUGUGUUUGUUGAGAUACUGGUUAGCUGCUGAGAGAAGAGUGAUAUUUGAUAUUGUUUGAAGAAAGCCAGAGCUGUGAAUUUUGAGUGACUGCUGACAGCAAAUGAACCAGUCUUUUUCUUGGUGACAAGGUGUAAAAUCUGUAAACAAAGACAAAGCAACAAUCUGCAGGAUCUGAUGUUGUUGUGUCAUGCACCCACUGUUGGCAAAAUGAUUUUUCACACAGUGUUAAACGAUGUUAUCAGGAGCGCUGUUUUUGAAAAGAACAAGAUAUUGUCGUCCAAGGUCAAAAGAUGACAUUUUUUUUCCACACAGGGUUUUGUCUGUGUUAAUAAUUAAAGGUUCAUUCAUAUAGUGAGAACAAUACUAGUCAUCGGCCAGCAACCCCCCAUAUCUCUAAUCAUUAGAAAGUACACAAAGUACACAGAGGUGGUUUGAAUUGAAACAAUGCGGAGUCCUAGCUCUCCAAAUUGCAUUCAUGGAGCCACACGUCCUGUCGAGGUAAAGUGGCUUUUACAAAGGCGUGGAAAAUCAAAGAGGUGGCAGCAGCAGCAGCAGCAGUGAAAAAGUUGAGGAAAGGUGAUAGGUGAUCUCCUCAUGUUACAGCUUCAUCACUACAUGUCACUGUUCCAGGUAGACAAAGACGGAUGUGUACGUAUUCACUCACAUGAGCAUUUUCAGUUUCAGGUCAGUUUUUAAGCAGCAGCAGAAGUCUAAAUCAGAGAGAUGUAUGAUGUAUCAUGUGACUGAUGCAAGUUAAUAGUUUUUACUGCGUGAACAUUAUUUUUUAAAGGCAAAAUGUGUCGUGGCACAAAGUGAGUGCAACAGUACAUACACACCAUCCAUCCAUAUCAUCUUACGUCUCCUUUGUUACUCCUCAGGGAGGGAGACACAGCGCAGAGCGAGGUGUUGCUCAAUAACAAGAGCGUAAUUACCCGUUUGCAGCAAGUAUUCAUGGGCACCAAAGGCGCUGUAUGGCACCGUGUUUGAGAUGUGGACAAUUAUUGGUUAGGUGUGGUUGUCGUUCAGCACUAAAAUAUUGUAGGACCGCCUAAUAAUUUUCUCUCAAAAAGACAAUUCCAUACAAAGAAAAAAAGAAACCCGAGCCUGUUGUAGCAGGAAUACACGUUUUUUCUCUCCAUUAGGUUGUCAUGUUUUGUUUCUCUUCAUCAGUCCACGUCUGCAAGCGGAAACCCCACUAUGUCGUGUUGAUUGGCAUAGUUUAAGCUGUAUUUUGGCUACUGUGUAUACACUGGGGCUUAUAGUUUAAGCAACACUGAAGGAUAACAAAUAGUCAGUAGAAUUAAUUCUGCCUCCAGCUGUUCAUAGUUGGCGUAUUAAAUUACCCCUGUUGAAAAGCAAAUACAUUUUGGACAAGACCCGUGUUGGCUGUGUGCACGUUGUCUGUCUAAUCUUAGGGGAUUUUUAUUUUGAGUUGAUGUUUGGUUAAUAUUUUCCUGUGUCAAAAGCAGAUGAAUGUCAGCCAAAAGAUCAAACAAAAAUUUUCUAUGCUGUGACUCCCUGAAUAUUUAAUCACACAGAGGGAUUUCCAACAUUAUCUCCUGUCAAAAUAUGCUGUAGAUCACUGCUGUCAGAUGCUCCUUUUUUCCUCCUCAGUAAAUAGAAACAUUAAAAAAACAGCUUUAUUUUGGAUCGACGGGCGUGCAUUUUGAAUUUGCUGAGCGCGUUUGGAAUGGGUGAUAACACUCACCGAGGAACAGGAUUCACUCAGCACAAUAAGAACCAUGCAAAUAUUCAGAUCAAGUAAAUUCCCCAGUGCCAUGUCAAAAUACACUGUGUAAGGAUUUGUAAGAAACGUCUGUUGUUGAACUUGAUUUGACCCAGAUGAAGAAGGAGCCAAGUAACUGACACCACCAGUCCCUGCAGUCAUGGAGGAGACAUCUUUUUUGAAGAUGGUUGAGCAGCAACAUGAGCUCUGCUAGUUUUCCUGCUCUGGUCUGCUUUAGAGGGUGGGGUACUCUUUCUGGGAACCCUGGAGGGAAUCUAAUAAAAAUAUGUCUAGGGACAAUAGCUGUGUGGAAGCAACUUGUGUGUAUGUGUGUGUUACACUUACAAGCGCAUCAGCUUUUGUGAGUGUAAAAGGGCACAUGGAACUGUAGAAAAAAUAGUCUAGACUAUUUUCACUCAUCUCUCACUAAUCACUAUUUUUUAGUACUCCCUUUCCUGAAUUAAAACAACAAUGUUAUCAUAUUGUUGUCAAACAUGAAGUUUAUGGAAAAUCAUGAUAAAAGAUCAUACUUUUAACCUCAUAAUUGCUGAUACCUUUGGUGAGAAAACAGUAUUCUAUAAAUGUUUUUCAGCUAUGGAGGCUAAAACAUGCUGAUUGGAACAUUUUCUCUUUACAACAGCAUAAUUAUUUAAAUCCUCCCUAAACAGAAGCUAAGGUGCAGUACAAACUUACAGCAGCCCAGUAAGAAUUAUAUCUGGACUAAAAACAUUUUUUUUUGUCAGUGUCUGCUCAGUUGUGUGUAACUAAAUUCAGUUAAGUUUAAGACUUACAGAUGUUAAAAGAAAGCACUGCAUAUAUUAUGGAGGUCUAUGACUGUCAAAGUUAGAGCUGUUUUGUUUUGGUCAUUGUAACAUUAUUAACUAAUUUAUCAUGACAGGAGUUUAUUCAUAUGUAGUUGGACCAAUCCAUAACAAAAGUUACCCCGUGAGAUUCUCACUAAGAGCAGAUUUAGACUGUUGUCUUUGUGAAUUUAUAGCUGAAAUCCUCGCAUGCAGUCUGAUCGUAUUCUCAGCAACAUUAAAAUAAAUAGAAUCCUUUUCAUUCCAGUUCUGGAUUCAUACACAACUGCUGUUCAGUUAGUGUGAAGUAUUUCAGAUGCCUUCAUGAAACUGGAGCCAUUGUCGGCAGCUGUUGUAAUCACUUUUUGGGUCGCAUCACAUGAUGAAUGUUUGCUCUGGCUCUGGUGAAGCUUUCGUGUCUGUGCUUUCUUACAAAGUAGAUAAAUCUGUCCAGUGGGCCGUGGCCGUCAUAUCAUGUUCAUUUUUAUUAUGAGCUAUCUUCAAGUAAAAGGUUGUGACAUAUUUAAGCCCUUGACUCAAAAAGAGCUCUGGCUGCCUUUUGUGGGGUUUGGAGUCGGGCCGUCAUUGAGUCAUCAGUUUUGGCUGACAUUGAAGAAAUUGCCUUCUUUUCCCCACUGCUGUCUCAGUCGACACUCCAGGCUAAAAAAGGAUUUUCUUGGCUGUGUUUGCACGAUGAACAAGUCCACCUCUAUUUAUCGUUUGAGUGACAAGCUCAAGGUAAAGAGUAGGAUUUCUCCUGUGUGCUUAUUCAGAGUCUGGCUUCAGGCUAACUGUAUGCUAGUACUUCCUGUGUGUAUGAGUGACAGGGAAGGUUAACGGUGCCAGCUGUCAUCUCUCACGAGUGCUAACUAGCUGCUAAUCUCUUUCUCAGUCCCACAAUGAAGACAUUGAUUCCCACAGACCGACGGCCACCUCCAUCUGCCACAAUACUCAAUUAAUCCUGCGAGUGGGUGAGAGAGACUGAAAUACGAGAAGAUGGGGAAAAAAGAGGAAAUGGAUCUCAAAUGAGAGACUGUGUGAAGAGUGAAAUGAUGUCUUUGAAAUAAUGUUAGGGUGUGCAUGCACGUGUGUAAAUACAUGCUUUUGUUUCUUCAUGUCACUCAGGAACAUGGUCUGUACCGCCCAUCUGUCACAGCUCACUAUUGUUCCCAGGAGAUGUGCUGCAGGUCGUGACAUUACUUGUAGUAAAACAAAGAGAUCAAGAUGAGACAUCACUCAGAUUGUGUGUCUGCUCAUAGAGACGAAGACAGAUCUGGUAAUCUAAUUAUACAUUUUCAAUACAGUCAGAGUUUUUAGCAUGUUUUAAUAUUGAUCAAGGAUGCGCCUAUCAGUGAGUUUGAAAACACUCUAAACCACUAGUAAAUAAUUUAGGAUACAAAAAAUCAAUAAAAUAGAUAUCAGCCUCUUCUUGUCCAGGGAUUUUGUUUCUUUGCAGUAGCAGACAAAGAAAGAUGUCAGGAAGGACUUGAUGUGUCAGGGAUACAGUGUGCCUUCAAACGUUACUACAGUGAUGAAACAGAGACAUGGCUCCUCCUGUUACUGUGCACAAAGCUUUGGCAGACCAGAUAUCUGCUUUGCCAUAGACUUCAGUAGUGAGUUGAUUGGAAGAUAUUUAAAGUCUUAUUUUUGUGCGGAUGCGACAUCCUUUCUCCUGACUGCAUGCAAUUGGAUUCAUUUUUAUCCAAUUUGUCUAAUUUUAUUUUAGGUCAAUAGGACAAAAAUAACUACAACUACUGCCUCAGCCACAGUUCUGUGGUUUUCUGCUUAAAGCCCUUGUUUCUCAAUUCUCCCCUCGGUGUCUUGUACUAUUUUUCAACAAAGUGAGCUCCUGACAAAUUCAAGUGUUUACUGCAAAAACAUGUUUGAAAUAGAUACUGAUGAAAUCAAGCUCUUUUAAAACCAUAAUAUUAUUUAUUGAUGAGAGUCUAGUUUUAUUUUAUUUUUUUUAAUCCUUCAAAUUCUCACAAAACUCACACAGUGGCGUUCUCUAUGUGGACAUUUCGUCUCAUUGAAUUCACCCAGAGGAUUCCAGGCCAGUCUUUUUAAUUUGGAUCCUGGAGUGAAGAAGAUUAGAAAGCCCCGGGUCUAACAGUCACCUAAGAAUGGCUCAUUUGGCUCACAAUAGAGUGCACUGUUUGUAAAGCAAAUAGACAGCAAGCCUAACUCUGAAUGAAGGGACUUAGAGCUGUCAGUCACUCCGUUUACAUGCCUGCUACAAAAUCAGGUUAUUCAGAGAAAUCAAAUUAAGGUGGGAAUUCUUUACAAUGGCCUGAUUGCUGUAAAAACCAACCUUUACGACGGAUCCCAUUUCUGUGGUUACUGAUUCCCACAAGCAACUCAGACAGUUUAAGUGUGUUGGUGAUAUGAGACCCCGCAGCCUAAUGAGUCCUUUUCUUCUUUUGCUAAUGCGGCGUUCAGGUUGACAGCAUAGUAAUAAGAAGUUGCAUAGCUUUUCCUUACUGUAUGCUUUCAUCUGACAUUUACAGUGGGACUUAAUCUCAUAAUCUUUCCAUAUUAUAACGUUGCAGCGGUUCUCCUGACUGGAUGCAUUCUUUUGAAAUAAUCGGUCUGUGUUUUUUUUUUUAAUCUCAUACCUCAAGUAAUAGAUCCAAGUUUGUUCUCUUUUUUUUUGGUUUAAGAAUUCAAGUUACUGCAGGGAGCUAGCACUCACCUCUUAAGUGCAACACAGUCAUGCAUCCUGCCUUCAUUAAGCAGGGUUUUAGUUACACGGACAAAAAGCUGUUUGACAGUAAUGUGAUGCUUAUGUGGUCCAUCAAAGAAUAUGAUACCCAAUUUAAAUUACAAGGGGUUAAAAGGAAAUUUCACUCAAACUUGGGUUGUGUUUUCUGUGGUGAAAUUCUUUUUGGUGGUAGGAAAGAGAGGUUCUCUUUCACUCAAAAUUCAGAGUGAUAACAGUAGGAAUAGCUCUCAGAUUAAAGAGGUUGUACCAUCACUCUAAUAAGACACUGGAGAGUGUUCUGUUGUUCUGCUAGCAGGCCAUCUUUGUGUUUUUCAUUGAAUUUUAGAAGAAAUACAUUGUAAGAUAGGGUCGGGAAUCACCUGUGGCCCCACAAUACAAUAUAAUCACAAUACGAUAUUAUUGCGAUUUUUAACAUGUAUCACAAUACAGUAUUGCGAUAUAAUAUAUUUCAAUUUAUACUUUUUUUUUUCAACUGUUUAGCUAAUUUAGCAUUUGUCUGUCCUUUAUUUUUGUCUUAUUUACACAGUAUUUUAUUUUCAUGUAACACAUCUUGCAAACCUUAUGUGUCAGGUCCAUCUCAUUUGUGCCCUGCUUGCAUUCCUAAUGUCUUUCCCCAGGUGCCGCUAUAUUUGUUAUACUAACUUUCUCCUGCUCUAUGAUGUCACCACUGCCAACCUCAUUGGACAAACAGUUGAUUUUAUUUUUCAUUAUCAUAGAUCUGACUCCACAUUAGCAAUUAAUUUGAGAAAAUCAAUACUUGGUAAAUGUGACAGUAAGAUAUAUCACCAGACAAAAUAUCGCGAUACUAUGCUGUAUCGAUUUUUUCUCCCACCCCUACUGUAAGAUAACUUUGUUACAGUCGAGAUAUCUUCUGUCACUGCUGCUUGUUUUUUCUUUAGCUAUUACUAGAGCUAUAAAUUGAAUGAUAGUUGGCGAGGUAGGGCUAUUUCUAAAAUUUAUGGGUUGCAGUCAGAUGUAUAAAUGAUAAUCUGGGGUGCUCCAAAAUAAACCAGGAAAAGAAUCUAAGGGACAAAGUCUUUAAUGAAAGGAAUGUGUGAAGUAUAGUUUGAACAGAAAGAGUGAGUAGUGAACAAGCUGAGGGAAAUAGUGACUGACUGACAGGUUGUGUAAAGUCUUUAGACCCUACUGUCUCCGGUGUUUGUGUUUCCCUCAGCAUGGGGUCCUGUCCUUCAAAAUAAGACUGCUCUGUUUAGAAAGGGCCACCCUGGGGCCACCAGGUCCCCUCUACAGAAAGAGUCUGUGUGUGCCAACUUUGGAGAGUUCGGGGCCUGUUGUGCUCAAGCAAGGUCUGUUGUGUUUUUCUUUUUUGUGUGUGUGUGAAUAAAAAAAAGAGAGAAUUAGGUUUUAUGGAGGUGUGCUUUGUAUAGAUGUGUGUAUGUGUGUGUAUGUGUAUGUGUGUGCGCGGGUGAGAGAGUGAAUGUGUGUUCAUGGUUUUCAGUGCAUCUGAAGAGGCUGAGUACUCUAUUCACUGGUGGAAACGGACAGGUCCUCAUUCAGCUUUUUAAGUUCCUGUUUAUUUCAGUUGAACUCUUGAUUAUCCUGCUUGUUCUGAUAGUCUAUUGAAGCGGCUGGCCGUAAUGAAGCAAUCAUUUAUUUAUGCUAAGAACAAAAGCACGACCUGGUGCUGUUCCCAUUAGCAUAGCUGCCACCACCACUGCUUAUCCAGCCUCUCCAUGCCAAGCAAAAAGAGAUUUAAGGAAUCUUUGGAGCGAUUUCUCAUUGCUCAAACACUGCUCUGUAGCCAAAUGUAAAUAUAGCACCACAGGUUUCUGUGAAUUGAUGAGGCAAGAUUUUCUUCUCUUGUUCUGCAAGGGUAAGAUACUGCAGUAUGCUUUAGGUGGGAUUGCAACAAGAAGAAAAUGUAAAACCACAUUCAUCUUGUACCAGGUCCUACUUUUUAAAACCUUUAUCUUUCACAGUUUCAUGAUGGAUCUCAAUUUUUUUUUCCAUUGUCUGUUUAUUAUUUUACAGGGAGAAAAUUUAUUCAGCUUGUAGGUGAAUUGUUAAAACCAGAAAAAAGGGGAGAAAUUCCCAUCAGGCUGACAAAGAGCCCAAAUAAAAUAUGUAUUCCCCUUUUACAUUCAUCAAUGGUCAAAAAACAGAGGAGAUUUUUUAAUUUCAGUGAUUUAAAACAAGGAAAACAAAUCCUGUUCCACAAGCUGGCACUAGUAAACACUUGGCAGUUUGCCGUUACUGGAUAGUGGUGUUGUGGAAUUCAGAUUUGGAAAGAUAUAUAAUGCAACACAAUUAUUGUCAGAGUUUAAAUCAUUUUGAUAUAUUUCCUAGAGUUGGUUGUGAUCUUUCAAUUACUUAAAACAGACUCAUUACAUCAUUAUUACUGUAAGGAGUGUCCAAGUGUUUUGUUAGAUUUAUGUGCUUGUUCAGCCCACUUUAGUCUCCCCAUCCAUCCUCUGCCUGUCCUUAUAACCGCAGAUAAACAGAUACAGAUGUUCUUACGAGUCCCUCCAGAUUUUUGGUCUCACACGACCUGAUCUGUUACCUUCACACACCCUCACAGAGCCCUGCAUGGCUGGACUCAUAAAUAUAGGUUAUUCAUGUAUUAUGGUCUUAAUCUAACCCAUGACCAGCCUGGGAUCUGCAUGUUUGUGUGUGUGUGUGUGUGUGUACGUCUAGUGAGAGAUGUUUAACCCUCCCUGUUAAGCCCAGCUUCACACUAACAUACACACAAACACUCACAUCAUUGAUCCCCUUCUCACGCAAAGCCACUCGACACAAGGCAGCUCAAACAUUUUCACCAUUCUGCAGGUCAGGACCAGCGUCGGCAUUAAGAGCUCUGGUUCCACUAAUUGUGCACUUAUCAAGACUCAUGCAACUUUCAGCUCUCCCAAAAUAGCUCACACAUAAAAGCACAUUAUCCCACAGAUUUUCAAUCUGUUUAAAUCAGCUCAGACUUUGCAUUUUGUGGACAUGAUUCCUUUUAAGUUUUAGGAAAUAGGUUUCUUGUAAUGUUAUUUGUGACACGAUUUCAUCUUGUGUGGUCUGGACAUGAACCAAAUCUGUUUUUGUGCCUUUCCUCCUGAAUUCAUCAAAACAGAAAUACACAGUUCAUGUUGACGGGUUAGAUGGUAAUGCAGGGCUCUCAAGUUUUGAACUAAGCUUAGAGUGAGAUUUCCUUGGGGGGGUGAUUGAAGAUAAUUAUUAGUAUAAUUAUCUCUUAAAUACAACGGAGUAUAAGGGGCACAAUUAGAAAAAAAAAACGUUUUUAAAUCUUAAAGAAUAAAGUUAUUAUUUGGGAGAAUAAAGUCAUUAAUAUAUAAGUAUUAAGUCGUAAAGUUACCUGCUGUGAAGGAGAGUUGUUAAAAUCAGCACUGUGGAGCAUUUAGAUGAAUUUUACUUUAGUAUAGGUUUCACAAACAUGGAGAUACUUAAUCCUUUGGUACAUGAGCAUAACACUGUCAUGAGUAUCAGAACUUAUAUUUGAGAUAUAUGAGAAAUGCUGCUUUUGUGGAGGGGAAAAUGGCCGGAAAUGGCUGUACAGAGGCUAAAUCCUUCAAUACAGCUGUUAAUAGCAAAAGCAUAGGGCUUUAGUUUAUCAUAUGAGUUUGUAUGCCAUGAGGUGUUGAGGUCUCUGCAUGUGUAGGUUACUGACUUACUGUAAUCAUCGGGUCUAUCUCGUCCUUAUAAAAACCUGCUCUAUUUCGGCGAGUGUCUGUCUUCUUCUGUAGUCAAACCGUAAGAUAUCAAAAUCUACCCGGAUACAGCAAUGCUGCUUUUUUAUUGGCUGUUCAGUAGAUAUACUUUAUUUGAUUGGCUUGGCGUGGCACGCAGCUUCUGAACUCUCGGAGGAACUCAGUUGAUUCCUACCUGUUCCAUAGUUAAAGAGGUGCAACUUGGUGGACAUCACCAUGUUCCUUUAAAUGCGUGAGAAAUACAAUGUGUGGCGUGUGAGCGUGUGAACGGGUGGGAAUGCGUGUAUCACACGCUGAAUGCGUGAGACUUGAGAGCCCUGGUAAUGAGUUAAUCGAAUGCAUAUGGUCCUCUUCGUCUCAUCUACAUCUAUUUCCCAUCUACACCUCCCAACAGUGGUCUAACCCAGCCCUCCCACUCACUCUGUGACUCACAUAAUUAGUCCAUUUCAAUCUCCACAUCUCCCUCUGACCUUUAGAUUCUAUCAGUGUAUUUAUGAGUGAUUUAAUAACACAGUUUGGUUAUGAAGCGGAUUAUUCUUCCUCUAUCGUGACUGAGUGGUGGUGUAGCAGUGUAACAUAGUGGUUUAACCAAGGAUAUGGCCAAACGUUGUCAGAUUACUACAAAUUUACAAAACGGAUAUUUAGACUUUGUCCACCAGUAACUAAGUGUAACUCAGAACUUGGACUGUACUCAACCAAAGAAAUUCUCGGUCGACUAAAAUCCUGAAAUUUUCGAUCAAAAAUCGACUAAUGGGAGGUGGGGGUGAGGGGGGGUGUCCGACUCUGAAGACAAACCCUUCUGCGGCGGGGUGAAAGUAUACUGAUAUCAGCACAAGAAGGCAAUUAAACACAAAAGGUAAGUUAAAACGCUCAAAAUAGAAAUACAUUUAGAAAACCACUGGACGUUGAUUCACGGGGACACUCUUCAAUCUUCCUGUCUCCAGCUGGUCUUCAGUGGGUUGGGCGAGUCCAAAAUGGUGAAAACAGGGGGGGUGUUCUGAGACAGACUGUUACCUGUGAAACAGAGGUGCUCUGAAAACACCCCUAUUAGCACAUGGUCCGUUCCUCCCGAUGACAUUAACCAUAGACUGUAAACUAACGCGGCAAAAAUCGAGAGCAUGUAUCGACCAAUAAGUCGACCAGUCCAUGACGAGGACUUUACAGCCCUAUUCAGUACUUGUGUUUUUGCUUCUUGAUUUAUAUUGAAUUUGUUGCAUAAUGCUUUUCAAAAUGAACAUUAAAGCAUCAGUUUUUAAUUUUAAUGGUUGAAAACCGAAUGAUUUCUGUAUGCAUCAGUACUUACUCAUGAUGCCUGAGCUGCAAAACUCACAUUUUAAUCAGUGUGUAACAUAGCAGAGGUGAGAGUGUUAAACAGAUGGGUUAGACACAGGCAGCUUGGAUGGUGUUGGGAUGUGUGGGUGCCAUCUGAUUCAGCUCUAUUGUCUCUCUCUUGGCCUCCCAUCUACAUCUCUAUCAUUUCAUGUGAUCCCCUCGUACGCCUCUCAGUUUCUUUUCACACUCACUUUCACACUCUUUUUGUACCACUCUUUGUUCGAGCUUGUUGGCUGUACUUUUUGGACGAUUAUACUUUGCUCUGUUAUCUUCAAUGAGACUUGUCCCUGUGAGCCUUCACAUCACCUGUUGCCAUGGUAGUUAAAUAGGCAGAGAAGGAAGGGGAGGAAUGGAGUGAGGGAGACAGACAGGCAGGGGGGGUGGAAAUUGGAUGAUGAGUGCAUGUUCUGGACUUAACCAAGGAAAGGAGGGACAGAGGAGGAGGGGAGGCACUGAUAAUGAAAGGCAAACUGAGGAUAUAGAAGAUGAUGAUCUUUGUUUUUAGGUCAUACAUCUCUGUUACCAUCUGUCUUGGAAGAUAAGAGUUCUAAAGCGUCUGUUAAAUAUCUACCUUUUUCAGUCUGGGCUGUGUAAACAUGAUUUACUUGAGCAUGUUUCAUGCAAAAGACAGGCCUGUUUUGUUGCCAGUGUGAGACAGCUGCUGAAAGAAGUUUAGACACAGUCUUUGCAUGUUUUGCUUUAUUGUUGCCCGGAGAAGUUGCAUGAUUUAAAGAAAAGUUUGACUUUUAAACAGACUGUUCUCAUUGCAGUUGUUUGUUAGUGGGAAGUCAUCCUCUGAAAUUAAAUAAAUAAAUGUGUGUUAGUCUAAUGAGACAAACAAAAGCCUGGGUUAGUGAAAGGAAAGGUUGCACCGGGGUUGUAACAUAGAAAAAAGAUGAGUUGAGAGACACAGAAGGUUGGCAGGGUUGAAAUGACAGGAUAAAAAGGAGGGAAAGUCUAUGAAUGAUGAUGUUGGAGGAGAAAAUUGAAAAGGAAAAGUGGAGGAGGAGGAGGAUGAGUGCAUGUCAGCGUAAUUGCCAGGAGAAAAUAGGAGGCAAAGAAAAUAAGAGAUGAAUACAGGAGAAAAAAAGAUAGGAGGGAGAGAGGAGGGGAAGUGAACGUGAAGGGGAAUGCCAUUAACAGCUUUGUCGGGUCCUCCUGACUGAACGAUGGAUGGACACGGAUAAACGAACAAAUGAAUGAAAGAGGGAGAGAGUGUGAGAGAAGGGUGCCCCUUUCUUAACUGUCUUUUCAGAGAUUAGGGAGGAGAGCAUCACACUCUGUUCACUUCGUCUAUUCAUGGCCAACGCCUGUCUCUCUCACGAGCGUGUGAGAGCAGAGCAGAGGAGGGGCACAUAGCCAGAGUGUGUGUGUGUUUGUGGUGUGAAUCUGUCUGUGAAUACUAUGUGUGUUUUAUAAAGGGAAACGUGGAAAAUGUUCCUGAGAUUCAUUUUUUUUUCUUUUCUUUUAAGUGCAGAAAAGGGGGGCUUCAGCCAGAAAACAAUGGAGUACUCAACAAAAAGGAAUAAAAACUAGAAGAUAAGACUGUUCAAGGAGAGCGAACUGGAAGGAUCAUGUAAUUGCUGGGUGAUAGUGAAGGAAAAUGAUGCACUUUGAGAUACAGAGAGAGGGAGAGAGUGUAAUUGGCUCUAAUGUGUAGAUGGAUGCAAAUAAUAGCCUAAGUGCAAGGAAGAAAAAUGGAGAGGUAGCACGGCAGCAGCAGGGAGGGAAAAGCAAACAAAAUAUUAUAGCUACUGCAGAGAGAGGAGUAGAAGAUUUAGUUGUAGUUUUUAUUGGAGGGUUUUUUGUUGCAGGAAUGUUAGAUUAUAUUGUAGCUAAUGGAGUCAGAGUUGAUAUGGUCUGACAGCAUCUGUGCUGCAGGCCCCACUGACUAAUUUCAGAGUGAGAUGUAGAGAGAGCGCGUCAGAGAGAGCACAGAGAGAUGAAAAAAAAAAAGAUGGUGAGCGUGUGAGGAUGAUGUGUCCAGAUGGCAAGGUUGAGUAGCAAAAAGCCCGAUCUUUCAGAAAGAGGUGCAAGAAAUGGUACAUUGCAUCUGUUUUUCCAUUAAAAGAUCAACAUUUGGGUUUUUUAAUGUGCAGGUUCAAGAGAUUGAGGUUAUAUCACAGUCGGUGAAAUCAUGUGAGAGACAUCUGACAUCAAACAUCUCUGAGUUUAAGAUGAUCUGAUUGCUAUUUGAGAGUUUUUUCUGUAUCUACUCAUAUACAACACGACGACGUGGCCAUGAAAAUAACUGAUCAGCCUGACAAGGCCAGGAUUGCUCUUAUGAAAACCAGAUAACAUAGCAUGUUUUUGAUACUCUCCAUUUGCUGAACACUAGACUACUUAGUUGGGCGUCUUUGGUCUUAAAUGUUGGAUUUUUCAGAAGCUGACUUUGGUGCCAGUUCAGGGGCUGUUUCUUUGGAGGCUUAAACCCAGCAGCCUGUCACCUUGACGUGACCACAGCACAAAGCUGGUGACAGUUUUAGGAAGCCUGUAUGUAUGUGUGUGUGUGUAUAUCCAUCUCAGGUUCUCACACUCUUAACACUCUUUGCGAUCUAUUUGACUCCCUAAUCCACCGGGAAACUCUUUUCUCUGUUUCACUCCAGUUUUUCUCCUUCAUUCCCUCCCUUCCCUCCUCCUCCCUGUACACUUGGGAAUGAGUUUCUGCAGACUUGGCUGACUGGAUUUUCUACUACUGUUGUAUGCACCGAAGCACACACACACACACACACACACACACACACACACACACACACACACACACACACACACACACUUUGCACACAUAUAACACCCACUGGCAAAACAGACUCCUCAUUAAUAUUAAACGAUCAUAAAAACCUACAGAAGCUUUUCGGUUUUGAUCAGAAUCCAGAUCAGUGCUGCAAGACACCUUACCUCAACUUGUGGUUGUCAUAUCUCAUUAUUCAUAUAGCUCCUAGAUGUUUAAUCAAAUAAAAGUGAAGGAAGACUUGUGGAAAAAGGAGGAAACUACAUUUCAUGAUAUUAAAGAAACAAAUUUAGUCCAUCUUUCUGCCGUCAGGGGCAAGCAUCUUCCAAAAUUGAAGCUUCCAGCAGCAUUUCUCAGCCUGGCUAACUAUUGUUUUUAAUCCCAAACACACUCUGAACAGGAAAAUUAAGAAGGUAGCUCUUUGUUUAACCAGAACAGCUGUGUGCAUUAAGUUUUUCAAUGCUUUCUCUCUACAGCAGUUAUUAUUCAUCGUUCGUUUGCCAAAAUCGUGUUAUAGUUCCAGUAUUUGUCGUUUAUCAUGUGCCUCAUAUUUUGCAUCCGUAUGUCCUUCUAUUUUCUUUGUUGGUUUUUUUCUUCCAUGUGCUCUUUUUCCUCUUUCUCUUGCUCCCUUCUUCCCCCUGGGUUUCUUUGGAGAGAGGGAGGAAAGAGAAAGAAACUUAAUCCGUCUAUUGAACAAGAGGUGGACCCGUCAAGGGCUCUUUUCCCUCAGUGUCAAAAAAAAACAACCACGCUGCUUCUCAUUACUCUUCCAAUUCUGAAUGCUCUCAAAUACCUCUCAAAAUAACACACUCAAACCAGUGGUUUCAUUUAGAGGCAGAUUUUCAGUCCCUGAUAUAUUUUGUAAUGCAGUGUUUCGCUGUUAUAGCUGAAAAGAAAAUACGGUUAAUGAUUCAAAGUAUUUGGUUUUAAUUUUCUGACUCGAUGUGAAAAGGAAACAAGCUUCUGUAAAACCAUUUGGCUUUACAGUUGAAUUAACAGCACUCCUACUGCAGCAGCAUGGGGCAUUAAUAAAGGAUCAUUCUGUCAAUGUUGAAAUAUCUGAAAGGGUUUUUUACAAAUACAGCUGCCAAAUAGCUGAGGUCAAGUUACCAUUCAGACUGUUUUAAAGUAGCGUGGGGGAGCCAUCAAGCUGUAACGUGACAUGAUGGAUGGUUUCUUUUGGCAACAUAUGGUUUGCCUUUUAUUAUAUACCUUUUAUAAUACAGGCAUUGUGUCACACUUCAUGUUGGCUGAGCUGAAGAACACUUUUUACUCCGUACUUUUUAGUUGUUUUUUUUUUUAACUGUAACUCUUGUGGUGAAAGUCUAGAAGAGGUCAAAACUGUGUUAAAUAUAUUCCAUACAGUUUAAAAUCGAUCAUAUCAGCAGCAGCAUCAUAUCUUGGAGCUGUAAAUUAGAGCUUUAAACUCCCAGUAGACUGAUCGAUUUAUUGGUCGAUACAUGCUUAAUCAGACCAAAAUGCUGAUCGGUCGACUACAUUUUUUUUCCGCAUCAAUUUACGGUCUUUGGUUAAUUUCAUCAGGAGGAACGUACCAAGUGCUAAUGGGGGUGUCUUCAGAGCACCCCUGUUCCACAGGUAAAAGCCUUUCUCCGAACACCCUCCUUGUUUUCACCAUUUUGGAUUUGCUUAACCCAUCGAAGACUGACAGGAGACAGGAAGAUUGAAGAGCGUCCGCGUGAAUCAACUUCCAGUGUUUUGCUGAAUAUUUAUAUGUUAGUCUUUUGUGUUUUAUUGCCUUCUUGUGCUGAUAUCAGUAUAUUUUCACCCCGCCAAGCCGCGUCGUCCCCCACCCACCAUCAGAGUUGGAACCCCCCCAUUAGUCGAUUUUUGUGUCAUGGUUUUAGUCGACCAAGAAUUUCUUUGGUUGAUUACAGCCCUACUGUAAAUGCACUAAGAUGCAGAAUUAAUGUUUUCAUAUUGGUAAUUGUUUUGUCAUAUUGGUUUCCUCAGUCAUAGCAGUGCUGAAUUCACAUAGACUACUGCUUUCUUAUUUAAGAGGUACAUUCAACUAAAGUGCACAACCAAAUCAAGCAGCUCCAUUCAGGGAUGCAUAAUGGCUGAGCCUAUUUGAGGGUCUAUUUGAGCUUCAUCACAGGUGCACUACAGACGUGGUUGCUUUGAUGUUGGUUCAGAGAAAUUGCAGUGCUACCUGACACAGAUCUAUUAUGUGCCUAUUGGCUGUAACGACCAGUAGAGAAGUCUCUCCUAUGUUAUUAAGUGGAUUCAGUCCACUGCUCAUUGAGAGAGAAACAAGCAGAAAGAGAGAUGGAUUGUGGGAAGCUGAUACACUACAUUUCCUCUUUCUCCUGCACCCAUCUUCAGCUCUCAGUGACGAUGUACACCUUCAAGCCAGGAUUUGAUGUACUUCUUUGUUUCUUUCAGCUGCUCCUCCAUCACAGCUAACUACCAAAUGUCAGAUAAUUCCCUGCAGUUAUCCUCCAUGGAAAGCUGAUUGUUUCCUCCCUCCUCUCUUGUUGGGUGGCACAGUUACACCACUUAAUAUCAAUAUUCUCUUUGUGGUGGGGGCAAUUGCCUUGACCGCCGGAAUAAUUGCACACAGAUAUUGUGCGCACACACACACACACAGUCACACACUGGCAAACAUGAUAACUGGGGCAGACUUACACAUUCAUACAAGAACACUGACACACAUCCACAUGUAAUCCAACUUGCACAGGGGAAACGGGCAGAAUGGGGACACUCAUAUUUGCUGCAGAGUUAGUGUGAGGACACAUAAAGAAAGACUCCAUUCUGCUGCUGCUGAGGAAGACACACUCAUGCAGAAAGCACCUACCACUCGGUUAAGUGUGGCCUCAGGCUUAUACUUGAAGUAUGAGUGAGCAAAGUGGACAGACAGCGGCAGAGAGAUUGUUUUCAGAGCGAUGAAAUCCAGAUCAGUUUUUGUCGAGGACAAGGGAAGACUUUUGGAUGGUAAUUGAUGUUAAAAUCUCUUUGUACAUUUAUUGAAACUGCUCAUUGUAGUGAUGUUCACACUGAUCUAUAGAGUCUACGAUGUAAAGAUGUAACUGAGAUGAUGUGACAUGUAAGUGACAUGUAAGUGUCUGUAAUACCAGACCGUGUAGAUCCAAUGAAUGUGUUUUUACUCAGUAGCCUCCCUCAGGUACUUAAAUGUAAUCUAGUGCAGCUCACAAACACUCGGCCAAGAAGGUAGCCUCAGUUUACUACAGUUUUAGUUACAUUUAUAAAAAAUGUGCACUUUGAAACCUGUUUGUGAUUGAGGUCCUACAUAAAGAUAAUGCAGUACACUUUUAAAUUAAGGUUUGAUAAUAAAAAAAAAUAAAGUGUUUAUAGUAACAUCACAUAUACUGUUUCAAGUUUAAGUUUGAAAACAUAUUUUACAGGAGAGCUUAACAAUGUUUUUAAGGCUGAAACUCUGGGCUUCCUUUUUUAUCAAACAGGAUUCUGAUCAGUCAAAUAUUCAGGCUCAGCCCUGCUGUUGAGAAGGCAGCAACACUUUGCUACUGUUUCAUCACUGUUCAUUACAGAACAGGCUUGUGAGUCAGUGUCUAACAGCCAAACAUAAUUAUAUAUUAAGAACUCCUCGGUUCAGUUGCAGGACACAAUGAAAAGCGACUAUACUGCGACACACCAUCUUCUCUAAUGAAACUGAAGACCUUAAAAAAGCAGUCGGACCAAUAACCGACCCUUUUUCUCUUAUUUUUGUCUUCUGUUUCCACGAAAAAGAGCAUGCCAGAUUAAACUGUUUAAUGAAUGAAGUGUACAGCUCAUUCAUUUUCUAUUCUUUCUCAACACUGUAUAUUUAAUUCAUCUACUCGGCUAUGAAGUUCUGUCCCCAAUCAAAGCUCCCUCCUAUCUAGCGCUGUCCCCACACAUGAAGCUUGCGUGCAACGCAUGAAAAAGUGAAUGCAUGGUUUGUAAAACGUGUGAAUUAUUGAAUGAACCGAAGUGGUGAGUGUGUAUCAGUGUGUGUCUGUCUGUGUGUGUGUAUUUAUGUAUGUGUAUGUUUCCAUGUGCUUCUGUGGGAUUGUGAAAACUAUGUCAGACAGCUCAUGCACGGCUGCACCCAUUUACUGGUGGAACAUCAUCUCUCUGGUGUGCACAUCUAGAACAUGGCAAUUGAGAACGAUCAAAACACACUUGCUAGGCAUGACUCCACACACACACACACACACACACACACACACACACACACACACACACACACACACACACACACACACACACACACACACACACACACACACACACAAAGUGGUGCAUGAGUAUUUGCCUGAAUGAACUCAUACACUCUGUUAGCACAUACUGUAGCUUUUGUGGCAAGCAGUCAAUGAAAAGGCACUGUUGUGUGUCACAUGUACACAUAUUUUAUACACACACACACAUUCACAAAGUAUGGUAUUGUGUGUGACCAAGCUAAGUGUUGUGUUAUAUUGCUUUGGUCUGCAUUCAUUGCUGUUACAGUUCUGCUCUGAUUUCCCUGUUAUCUCUUUGAAAGCCUUUUGUGGAAACAUGGCUAAGAGCAGUAUUAUUAAGUACACCUUUGAAUAGCCAUGCAGGUCAUUUUGCACACAUAGCCGAAUGUAAACAGCCCACAAUGGACUUAAUAGGGCUGGGCGAUAUGGCCUCAAAUCAAUAUCACAAUAUAUUGAGCAGUUUACCUCGAUAACGAUAAAUGGACGAUAACUACUCCACAAGCUGCUCACCCCCUCCCACAUUAACUUGGUCUACUUCAGCCGCCGCUCCAGCAGUGACAACUUUUGAACCGUCCUCCAUCUCCUCACCAGUAUUUCGCUCUUUGUUACGGACUGAAUGGGGCUGAGUCACAUCUCCGACAUACGACAGUGUCUUAAAAGGACAUGAGACCAUAGCCUACCUACACACAUCCAAAACCAACUUUUAUUUAUUUUUUUGACACUGAAUAUAUUGACGUGGGCAAAAUGGCGUUGGUUAUUGGCGUAAAUUUCGAUAUUGGUAAAUUUUUGUUUUAUAGCCCAGCCCUAGGACUUGAUUUUUCUGCUAGAUGCUGGUAAAUGAGCACAUCGUUAAAAUGUUGUAAAUAUUCUGGGUGUGCAUGUUGCACAAAAGCAGCAUUCAACAUCCAUAUAAGAUGGUAGUACACUGAUAUUCUGCAGUUUCUCAUCCAUAAACCAACUUUUAGACAGUUAAUGUAAUGAAUAUUUUUACAUUUAAGGAACCCUUUCUGAAUACAUUUAGGCAUUAUUUAUCCAUCAGGUUUACAAGAGCAUUCAUUGGCUUAACCUCAUUGACAGAAAAGAGACUGUGCAUUACUCGCCACACUGUCAAUUUCACUGACUCUUUGUUACCAUCAAUUAUAGAUUAAUAUUAUCUAUAUUCAGUAUCGUGUCGGCUGCAGUAGUUGUUAAAGAAGCAGCUCACAUUUCUCCAGUCAUUCUGGGGAUUUGAACCAUCCGCCAAAAGGUCUGCAGCCUGACUCUCUAACCUUUACACAGCCAUCAGAGGAAACAGAUCUCUCAUCUUCAGCGUUUGGACAGCCCAGCUGUUUGUUUGUUCAGUGGAUUGACACGUGGCUGUGGACUAACCUUCAUAGGUCCGUCUUUGCUGCCCCUCUACUUCAAAGGGGUGUUUGGUAAUCUGAUGGCUGCAUACAUAUUUCAUGAGCUUCUAAAUAUUGAUGGAAUACUAAGUAGUAUACAUUGCAGCAGAGGAGUAAGGACUUAUUUGUCCUUCCUCUUGCACACCCCCCUUUCUCUUUGAUGGCUAUUUCAGGGUAAAUUCGAGCCUCCUCAUAUGCACCGCUGACAGCAGUAAACUUUUUCCAAAGCCCAGCCUUACCCACGAGCUUGGCAGAUUCAGUAACAAGUUUGACAGGCUGGUUCCCUCUGGUUUUAUAGUGCAACAAUAGAAAGAUGAAAUGUGGGUGUUUGUUUUGGGAUCUUUGUUUGACUGCGCACUCUCUUAGUGUUCAUCUAAUGUCAAAGAGCUUUGUGAUAUGUUCAAACAGAAAUUAAAACCUCUUCAUUUUCCUCCCCCUCUGCAGCCUUUUCAUCCCAUGGUAAACCUGGUGUGUAGUGCGGACCUGAGGAUGUUCCUGUGUGCUCUAUAUGCCCCCGUGUGCACUCGAUACGGACAGGUAUCCAUGCCGUGUCGGUCCCUCUGCCAGCGGGCGAAGGAUGAGUGCAACAAACUCAUGGAGAUCUUUGGAUUAGUUUGGCCUGACGACAUGGAGUGUAACAGGUGUGUGCGUGUUUUUUGCACUGUAUCUCAGCUCAGCACUUGGAAAUGUAAUGGAAAUGAAGAUUGGAAUGAAAAUGCCAACAGAAUAACCUUUUCUCAUCCCAGUCGAUAAGUCUCUCCAAAAGUAAUUACUGGAUGAUCCAUCACUUUUAUUGUUUUUUUUUCUCCAGGUUUCCAGACUGUAAUGAGCCCUAUCCACGUCCAGAGGACCUAAUAACAAGCUCUGACCCCACUGACCAGUCAUCCAUGACCGUCCAGAGAGACUAUGGUUUCUGGUGCCCCAGAGAGCUCAAAAUCGACCCGGACCUGGGUUACACAUUUAUGGGCAGGAGGGACUGCUCAGCCCCCUGCCCCUCCAUGUUCUUCAACCGACAAGAGCUGACCUUCAUCCGCUACUUCAUAGGAGUCGUUUCCAUCGUCUGUUUAUCUGCCACGCUCUUCACCUUCCUGACGUUUCUCAUCGAUGUUACCAGGUUUGACUGUCUGAAUGUUAGAAGACAUUUCAUGUCAACUCUCUGCGUGGAAAAACAAUCUGAUUGGCUGUUUAUUUUCCCAUUGUUACCUCUUUAGGUUUCGAUACCCUGAACGGCCAAUAAUCUUCUACGCUGUGUGUUAUGUCAUGGUCUCACUGGUUUUCUUUCUGGGCUUCCUGUUGGAGGACAGAGUAGCUUGUAAUGCAGUCAACCCUGCACAGUUCAAAGCCUCAACCAUUACACAGGGCUCACACAACAAGGUAAGAUUCAAAGCAAGGGCCCAUCCAGCAUAAGGACAGCAACAGCUCAUUCUAAUGCUUGUGUAGUCCAUUAAAGUUUAAUUUUUGAAAGGAGUCAGUUAUUCUCACAUGUCAUAUAAUUACAGUGCCCAGCAUAAGUCAGUACACUCCCUAUUAAAAGUAAUGUGUUACUCAAUAUCUAGAUGAACAAAGUGCAAUUUUCAAAGCUUUGACAAAGCUGAGUUUAACAUCACAUUUUAUGUACCAUAAGAUGAAAAUAAGGGUUAUAUGGUAACUAAAAUUUAGCUUUGCUCUCAGAAUUUUGAUGGGGUUGAACUAAUUUUUGCUUUCUGAUUUUAAAUUGAAAAAAAUACUUUUUGUAUGCAACUUAAAAAAAUCUUUUUUGCAAUCAAUGGCCUACAUUUGGGGGAGUAUUUUGUUGCAUAUUGAUUGAUUUUGAAAGGAAACCAAAGGUUUUCUGACAACUCUGAAGGGGUGUACUCAUUUAUGCUGAGCACUAAAGAUUCGUGAUGGAAAGGUUUUGUUUCUUUUCACUUUUUUACUGGUGGCACAGUAUGUCAAAGAGCGACAAUGAGACAACAGACAAAUACAGAGUGAAUUUGUCAGAACAUUUGUAUGGGGAAGUUGUAUAACAGACAACUUCAGUUUUGUGGGUCUUAUUAGCUUCAGUUGAAAUACUUAUCAGCUCAUAAACAAAGUGGUCUAAUCAAAAAGAGAUUCACUAAAUGCUGACAGUUAUAAAUCCACAGGUUUGACUCAAACUAAAUGAAGCUCUCUUUCUCUAUCAGGUGUGUACCCUGUUCUUCAUGGUCCUGUAUUUCUUCACCAUGGCCGGCAGCGUGUGGUGGGUCAUUCUUACAAUCACUUGGUUCCUGGCUGCCGUGCCUAAAUGGGGCAGCGAGGCCAUCGAGAAGAAAGCGCUCCUCUUCCAUGCUGUAGCCUGGGGGCUCCCAGGGGCCCUGACUGUCACCCUGUUGGCCCUGAACAAAAUUGAAGGAGAUGGGAUCAGUGGAGUGUGUUUCAUAGGGCUGUAUGACAUCGAUGCCCUGAGGUGGUUUGUUCUGGCACCACUCUGCCUCAACGUGGCGGUAAGCACAGUCAGAAGAUAAAUGAGUCGGUGGAUGGAUGAAAGAGUUGAUGAGUGGGAUGGAUGGAUUGUUGAACAGAUUAAUGGGUGGGUGGAUGAAAAGAAACAAGAGUGAAUUGUCGGCUAAAAAAAAACUGCAGGGAUAUUGACACGAGUAAAUGGAUUGGUGGGUGGGCUUUGGGCCUGUGUGUGUCAGUCAUCCAGCUCUUUGGAAAUAAUCAACAUCUAUCUUAAUAUUAUGUAUCAGUCUCUGAGUUCGUCUUCUCAUUUGUCUCUCUCUCUCUCUUUUCAGGUGGGGGUCUCUCUCCUCUUGGUGGGCAUUGUGGCUUUGAACCGUGUGCGCAUGGAGAUACCUCUGGAGAAGGAGAACCAGACCAAACUGGUCAAGUUCAUGAUCAGAAUGGGAGUCUUCUCUGUCCUCUACCUGGUCCCAUUGUUGGCCGUGAUUGGGUGCUACCUGUACGAACACACAUUCAGGAGCAUCUGGGAGACCACAUGGAUGGAGGAGAACUGCAGGCACUAUCACAUCCCGUGCCCGUACAAGGUAUGAUGGAGAGAGUGAUGUGCAAAAGAAUCUCUCUUUGAGAUUGUGGUGUGCUUGAGGGGAUGUUUUUUAUUUGAGAAGUUGUUUGUGGGGAAAAUCUGUCGGUGGAAGACCUAAGUCACCAGACUCUCUGCUUGCUAACAUUGAUCAGUCCCCCUGACAUAUGAAGAUUAAAUUUCCAUUGAGUGGCUGAUCAAAACUUUAACAUCCACCCUCUGUCUGAAACAGAUGGUCUCUCCAAGUCUGCCUUUGAUCCCAGCUGGACACUGAAAACAGACAUACUCUUGACAGGAUAUCCCGCAGAACUCUAUCACAGCUCAUGCUGCAGCAUUCAGACUCCCCCUGAUUUUUCUCUCUUAACUCUCUGUAUCUCUCUCACUCACACAGUGUGUUUCCACACUGCCCAAGAUAGCUGGUGUGAAGUAUUCAGCUUCUCUCUGUGUUUGUUCUCUCCUGAUUAAAUCAUUGAGGAUGUCUUGUAUGUUUAUUAAAGAGGAAAAGUUUGUAUGACUGGUUAAUACAGCAGCUUCACUGAGAGAAUGAACUCUAUUGAAACUAUUUGAGUUUUUUAAGGUAGUAUUGGCCAUCAUUCUGUCAUAAAUACAAUGUACUCUCUGGUUGUUCCUGUAAUCUGAAAAUUAGCAUCAUUGUCAACACAGAAGUGACAAGGCAACAAAGAGCAGACAGGUUGGAAACAAGCGAAGUCAUGCUCAGUUUAAAUGGUCAGACUUUAAUUAAGUUAUAAAAAGAUAUAAUAAUUAAUGGGGAAAUCUAAGUGAAAAACCUGAAUGGUAGCCAAAUGAUACUACCCUUAAAUGAGCAGAACCACUGUGUGUCUGUGAGAGAGAGAGACAGACAGUCAGCAAGUGCACAUGCGUGUGGUCGAGCGAGUAUGUGUUUGUGGAGGAGAGGGAGCAAAGUGCAGUAUGCACCAUUAGCUCGGCUAAUGCUUCUCGUAAGACCAGCUCGGCAAAAAGGCUCCCAUCUCUGCCGUUUAGUCUGUCUGCUAGUUCUCACACACACUUCUUUCAGUCUCUCUUUCCCUCCCUCUGUCCCUCUCGGUGUCUCUCUCAGGACUUGCUCAGUCAUGCUCCGUUGCCUGUAGUCUGAAACGUCUUUGUAGCUUAUGUGAGGAGCAGCAGGAGUGUGUUAUUUUGUGAGUGACCAAACAAAUGUACAAAAUAGACAGGCUAACACACUCAAGAAGUGUACUUCCUUUGGACGACCUAAACAAUUUAAUCCGCUCCCUAACAGUAACUUUUCAUUUCAUUGAUAUAGAAGCUGUUGUGAGGUUUUAUGAUAACAAAGUGUCAGCUAAUUUGUGACUGACAGAUAAGAUGCGAUGGUUUAGAGGUAGGUCCAAGUGCUUAUGUUUCUUGUCAGUGUACAUGUGUAUGCAGUGUCUGUAGCUGUGAAGGAGAAAAAAAACCUUUACAACCUGUUGUAGCUCAGGAAUUUCAUUAUUACUAUGUGUCAUUUGAUCUUGACCCUGGGGGGUUUUGUGUGUGUGUGAGAGAUGGGGUUGGUGGGGUUGGUGGGGGGUACAGUUGCCAUGUUUUUAGAUAAUUGAAAGUUCUGCAGGCAUUGUUCAACUGCAAGUCACCACUUAAGUGAAUGCACAUGGGCUGGGCACCCAUGGCUUUUUGUUCAGGACUUAAAUGUGAGACAUUUAAUCGCAGACUGAGCCCAGAUAGAUUCUGUUUAAUUGAAAUUUAAUGCAUCUCAAGAGCUACAUUAGAAAAAUCAAUAAAUAAAUCACUCGUCUUUGUCUUCUCACUGAAGAUGAUGUCAGCCUUAAAAUGCUAUGUGCAAUCUUCAAAUGUUUCAUGUUAGGGUUUUCUGUACUGAUAUGAAUUGUCAUUAUUAAUCACCUUUAAAGACUACCUGUGGUGGGUUUCAGUGUUUGAAAGCAAAAGGUUUCUCAGGUUUCUACAAAGGAUUUUGUGUUUUGUUCUGUCUGCUUGUAUAGCUGUCACCACACUGAUUCACUUAUUCAUACUGAUGCAGAAAUAAUUAUUAGGCUAUGUUGAUUUUUGUGCAUUUCUACCCACACAUGUAGAUCCACAGUAAACUACUCCCUGAGUAUAGUCUUAAUCAAUGCUUCAAAAAGCUCUGUUAAUUUAUGCAGCUAUCAACUGUGUGAAGAUUAUUUGGAGAUUUUAAAAAAUCAGAAGCUAGCAAGCUGUGAAACAACUCCACUUCCUGUUUACAGAAACCUUCCAAAGCUCAGACGCUGCUGUAAACUACUGCCCUCUGGUGGAAGGUUAUCUAUCCUGCAUCACUUUUAUUCAACAGGCUGAGGAGGGAGCAGUUGCUGUACACUUGAACUGCAGUUGAGCUGCUAAAGCAGCUGGGUUUUUCCUGGGAUUACCUCCUCUCUUCCAUCAUUUAAACUGACUGACUCGGUUAAAACAUUUGGGUCCUUUGGUUCAACUUAAUGAGCAAAUAGUUUCAGUUGCAUGCCAAGAAUUUCGUCUUUGUUUACGGUUACUGUUGCAGAAAAUUAUUUACAAAAAUAAAAAAUCUUUUCUGAAUUCACUGCUGUAAUUUUAGCUGCUUCUGUUCACUCAGUUUCAUAACAGUCGAGCUGAUCCUGAACAUCUGUGUUCUCUUCAGGUGGAGCAGACCAGCCGUCCAAACAUGGUUUUGUUCUUGAUUAAAUAUCUGAUGAUGUUGGUGGUCGGGAUCCCCUCCGUGUUCUGGGUGGGCAGCAAGAAGACCUGCUUUGAAUGGGCGAGCUUCUUGCAUGGACGCAGACGCAAAGAGUAAGAAGACAGAUGGGAUUGUUUUCAUUCAUUAGUCCUGCUUUUCCUUCCCUGGUUAAAUGUUUGUAGAUGCUUCUGGCGCCAGUAUUCCUUCAAAGACAGAAAUCAGACUAAUUUAUGAGAGUGGGAAAAGCACAUCUGAUUAUGCUGUUAGAUAAGAAUGAAGUAUUUUCCAUCUACCUCUCUUUGUGAAUUCAUUAGUUUGGUGAGAAAACCCAGAAGCAUAUUAAAGACUCACUCCUCGUGUUACACAAAGCAGCGCAGUUGAUUAAGAUUUGUGUUUGGAGUAUUUGUCUUUUGUCCCCACACCCCUGUCCUCAGUAACAUUAUUGUCUUCUUUCAACCAUUCCUCUCCCUCGGUUUAACCCUUUGUUUGCUGUAUCUUUGAUGUCCCCCUACAUCUGCCCCUACCCCGCCCUUUUAAACUCUCUCUCUCUGCACCUGCCUGUCCUGUUCCCAUUCUUGUUCCCCUCACCCUCUCCUCACUGCAGCAGUGGGGUGAAUGAGUCUCGUCAGGUGCUGCAGGAGCAGCCAGACUUCGCCCAGUCUCUGCUGCGUGAACCAAACACCCCCAUCAUAAGGAAGUCCAGAGGAACAUCCACUCAGGUAGGACUACAUACAGCAUGCAAAUAAGAAUAUAUAAAUGUAAAUGUAGAUUGUAGUAAAAGGAGUAGUAUCAGCAUGUGUAAUUCCAGUGGCUCCAGGACCCGACAGCAAUAUCAGAAGUGAUUAUUAAAGAUGAAAAAAAACAUGAAACCAGACCUGAAUGAGUCUCUUAUGUGUUAAAGGCUGUUAUGUCUGCAACUAGGAGAUGGAGCAGGCUCAAGUCUUUAAAUAAGUCGAUAUCUGACCGAACCAAACUGACUCAGAGAUCAGCAGCUAUGCUGCUGCCGUAUUUCUGUAGCUGGUCGAGCUAGUCUGGUGUCUCUGGGACUGAGGACACCUGUUGAUUUAAACAGAAACCAAACCCAACUUAAGUUAAAAUGAAAGUGCUGAGACAGAAUAAUUGUAAUCAACUCUGAACAAUCAAACAUUAAAUGAUUUUUCUAUGGGAAUCAGAAUAACAUGUAAUACCAACUAUUAAUGGAUGUAAUUUCCCUGCAUAACCCACAUAACAUAGGAAAGACCUGAAGACCUCAGUAUCAUGUUAGACUGUCCAAGUAGCUGUACAGAUAAAUGAUGACUGAAUAAAACUUUGGAUCACAGUUAAAGCAGACAUGUUUUAAGCAUUCAUGUAUAACCGAUUCAGUGUGAAAACAACUGCACUCACUAAGUUGAGUAGAUAAGGUUGUACAUUUCUGUUACUUAUGGGCUGUUUAAGUGCAAAAUGUUUAUUUCAGAGUUAAAAACUAGAAGUUAUUCCAUCCACCUGACCUCUGAUCCUCUUGUAGGGCACAUCUACCCACGCCUCUUCCACCAACUUGGCUGUCCUAGAUGAUCUUGACAAACCAAUCAGGACUCACCACGGCCACACGGCCUCCACCAAGAGUAAAGCAGGCAGUGUUCACAGCAAAGCCAGCUACCACGGCAGCCUGCGCCGCACUCGUGACGACAGGUAAGGUCAAAUCUCCCUGUUUGUGUGACUUGCACGAUAGAAGCCUGUGUCUGUAAUGUCUGUUCCUCUCUCUCUCUCUCCCUCAGGAGUGAUACUCUGGUACAUCGUGCUACAGAGGAGCGCAGUUACCAUGGCAGCUUGCAACGUCUGGACCAUCCGCUCUCCACUCACAGCAGCCUUCAUAAGUUGGACGGCCAUUCGAGGCAUGGCAGUCAGAGAGACGUCUCUGAACCCCCGCCUACCCUCAUCACCCAUGGAACAACAGCGAGUGAGAGCCAACAAGCUGUGGAGAACGACGGUACAAGCGCCUGA